AUGUCUUACGUCGAGACCAUCUCAAUCCGUGUCCGUCCAAAACUCACCUCUGUGUCGCCGCCCCUUCCCAUGCUAACUACCAAGAAGCCCCGUCGCAGCACUCCAAAGGUCCGAUCGGGCUGCAGCACCUGCAAGGCCCGGCGUAUCAAAUGCGACGAGACAACUCCGGAAUGCCUGCGGUGCGUGCGGACCGGCCGAACCUGCGGGGGGUAUACAGGACCAGCCACGGCGCGGCCUAGCCCGGCCGGCAGUAUCACGACGUACAGCAUCCCCUUCAAGGUGCCCGGCAGCCAGGUGGAUCGUCAACUCCUCCAUUUCUACUGUUCGGAGGCAGCCGAGCGACUGGCAGGAUUCUCGGAUCCCACCCUGUGGACGCAGCUAAUCCUGCAGCGGUGCCAUCAUCAGCCGGUCAUCCGGAGCGCCCUCGUGGGCCUGAGCUCGCUGUACCUGGACCACAUAUCCGAUGCAUCGAAUCUGCCCCCGGUGUCGCUGCAAUGCCGGUCUAAGAGCAUUGAGAUCAUCUCGAAAUGUCAUCGGCAGUUAACCGCGCAUCUUCGUUCCCCGGGCGCCUCCGUCGAGGUCGCCCUUAUCUGCGGCCUCAUUUUCUACACUUUUGAGUGUUUGCUCGGCGACACGAAGCAGGCCACUUGGCAUUUAGAUCAGGGUUUGAGACUACUUCAAGGCACUCUCGUCGAGAACCCGACCAGGUUUGCCUCGUUAGACGGCAUGUCCGAUCAGUUGAUGGCGAUUUUCGCCCGGCUCGAUGUCCAGGCUAGUAUCUUCGACAGCGAUCGGUUCCCAGGGCUUCGGCUACUUCCACCAGAGGACAUGGCGUCGUGUUCAUCCGCUCUCGUUCCCGAUUUCUUUGUCGAUUCCUCUCACGCAGAGAACGUGCUGACCCGCCUACAAAACAUCACAAUGCACCAUAUCAUAAACUACCUCGAUUUGAAGCGCUGCUCAUGGGAUCAACUCCCCAUAUCCGUUAAGAGCGAACGGCUGGCUAUUGUAUCCUCGUUUCAGACAUUCCAGUUCGCUACGGCAGAGCUACUUGCUCGAAUCGACCAACACCAAAGGCCCCGACAGCAUGUCCUCCUCCUACAAAUUCAAGCCGAAUUGUUUCACGGUAUCCUAGUAGAAGACAACACCCUCCCGCCGUCAAUGCGAGAUAUAGGUGGCGCCAUCGACAGUCAUCUCGAGGCCGCACUGACGCAGAUCUCUGCCAUCCUUGACAUGGCCAGGACAGAGAGAGAGAGCCCGCUGUCCGGAUCAGGGUUCAUGUUAUCCACGCAGUUGAUCGCUUCGCUGUAUUAUAUUUGCAUGAAAGCGCAGAACCGGGAGACCCGGCAGCUGGCUGUUUCGCUGCUGCUGCACUCCGGGGUCCCGGAACGAGAGGGCCUUUGGGAUGCCAAGACGGCGGCCUUUGUCGUGGAAAGCUUGAUAGUCAAUCAUGAUCCAGGUUCAUCGGAAGGGGAUCGGGCGGAGGCGAGGUUGGAGGAUUUGGGCCGAGGAAUCGUGGAUUGUGGGGGGUUGGAUGACGCGUUUCGGCUGUUGCAGAUAGCUAAGCAGGGUGAGAGGGUGACUUAG